AUGGUUGAUGCUAUUUUAGCAUAUAAAAUCUCGGCUGGAUCAGCUGCAAAAGCAGGUCAAUUUCCAUGGGCUGUAGCAUUAACGUUAACCAAUGAGGAUUACAAUCACUGUGGUGGAUCGAUCAUCUCAAAGCGACACAUUCUUACUGCAGCACAUUGCGUCCUGAAAUUCGAAGUUUACCAAUUGCCGUGCAUGUUUGUUACAACUCUGGAUGAUAUAACUCAAAUUACAAUACGAUAUGGCGGAGUAUGCUUACGAAGUCUUUUUCCACCAUGUGAUGGACCAUUAUGCAUGACAGCUAAAAUUCGUAGAAUUGCUGUCCACCAACGUUUCGUAGAUGCAGGUUGCUCAAAUGGGCAUGAUUUUGCAAUCAUUGAAGUGGAAUCUGAUUUGGCGUUUGGUACAACCACCUCAGCAAUAUGCUUACCCAAUUCAACUUUCGAUCUAGACUCUGCUGAGAAUCUCCUUGAUUAUGGAUUUGGUAUGAAUGAAC